GGAGACUGAAGGCCAAUCAAGCAUCUAUUCAUCUAGCGAGCGUCGAUACCAAGAGGGACACGAUGGCCGGUGAACAGCGCUUUGUUAUUAGUGCCCGCAUUAUUGGAGGCGUCCACAGGGACGCACCAAAACUCAAGAUGUUCAUGAUAUCUGUGUUAUGGUCUGAUGAGACUGAAGUGAUUAUCUACAGGUCCUUCCAGGAUUUCAAGAAAUUUCAUAGGCAGCUGAAAAAGACGUUCCCUCACAUGAACCCUUUAAGGAAAAACGACAGAGUGAUCCCCAAAUUUAGGGGAAAGGCCAGGAAGAGCAGCCUCCAGCAGAAAGGAUCCAAGAAAUCUGUCAAACGCAUGAAGUUUCUGGAGAGCUACUGCGACGAACUGCUCAAGUGCGACCAAACCGUGACUCGGAGCUCAGAGGUCACGCGGUUCUUCUUGCCCAAAGACCAGGACCUGCAGCCAGACUUCACCAAGAACAGCGUCAUGAUCCUGCUGUCUGAUAUGUCUGAUGGAACCGGUGGUGGAGGAGAGGGUGUCACUGGCCAGCAUGCAGGCAGCAUCACCCACCCGUUUGUCACCCAGACUUACUGCUGCGUGGCCGCAUAUGAGACAAAGGACACCAAGAAUCGUCCUUUUAAGGUCGCUGUGGAUGAGAAGCUGGACGUCCUGAUCAAAGACCCUGCAGGUUGGUGGCUGGUGGAGAAUGAGGAUAAGCGCCUGGCUUGGUUUCCCGCUCCCUAUCUGGAGGUAUUGGAGGGAGAGGAUGAUGAUGACGCUGAAUUCCAGAUGGCAGGUGCCCUGUAUUGUGCCGUGAGGAGUUACUCGACCAAGAAGGAUGAUGAGGUGUCUGUGGCCAUUGGCUCUGUGGUGGAGGUGCUGAGAAAGUCUGACAACGGCUGGUGGUUUAUCAGAUUCAAUGGCAAGGCUGGUUACAUCCCCUCCAUGUAUCUGCAACCAUACAACAACCCACGAGCUGGCCUUUUCAGCCUGCAGAGAAAGCUGCAUAGCUCCACUCUGAACCUGGCAACCAGCAGGGAAGCUCAGGCUUCUUAUCAGGCUGGCAUCAACGAAGAAACCGGCCGAGAAAUGGAUUCUCCAGGUCAGUCCAGAGGUCAGCCCAGCGUGCCUGGGCGGCUCCACAAGGCCCAAUCUCUGGAUGUUCUCUCUGAGACCUGGUUGCAGACACAGCCCGAGAGGGAUUCCUCAACCUCAGACAGCCGCUCGCGCAGCCGCAGCAACGCCAGCAACACCAGCGUGGAGUCCAGCCUCUCCGGCUUCUCCUCAAGCAGUGAGUCGAGCUUGAAAGAUGAAGCGCAGCGCCGGAGCCCCUCAGGCCUCCCUGGAGCCUCGCACCAGCUUGAUCUCAGCCUCACAGACCGCCGCGGCUCCACCACCGCCUCUGAGAGCUCUGCGUCGAUCAGGUCCGACAGCAGUGAAGGGGCUCCCAGGAUGCCGCCCAGACCCAAGACUGAGGAGAUCCUGACCCGCUGCACCACUAUGACCCGCAAGGCAGCCCUGGCCACCAAGACCCGGCUUCAUAUCCAGCCAGAGUCCAUUCAGGGCCGCUAAGGCAGACACCUUAUACUACAAACACUUAACUAAGCUAUAUUCUUUAUAAUCUCCUGUUUAUCGAAAUCUUUUUACAUAAUAUAUGUUUACCCGCUUCAACCCCACCUACCUUUACCUUUCCAUCAGUCAAAUGUGUUUUGUUCAGCAUUGCUCAUUCCUCUACUUAUAUUCUUGCCAUACCAAAGACUGAAGAUGCAACAACCUUGACAAGACAGGUUGGAGAUGGCCUCUUUGAUUGGAGAAUAUUUGAAUAAUGUAGCUUCAGUGAAGCAUUAGCAGGAGCAAGUCAAGGAAAUGUAUGUGACAUUGUCAUACAGUAGUAGAAAAAUAUUUUUUCUAACUUUGAAGCCAGUUACAGGAAAAUGUAUGGUUAAACAUUUACUCUGAACUGUACUCUGUGUUGCCCUCUUUCCUCUUUAUUCUAGCUUGUGACAUAGAAAUCUGUGCAGUUCUGAACUUUUUGAUGAAAGACCAAAGAGAGGAUAUAUCAAUAAAUGAAUGCACCUUUUCUUCAUUUUAACAUUCACAGAAAUACCUCAGUGUUUUACUAAGUUUCAAAAGCUUAUUUACUAUUUAGUUUCACCUAAUGUUAAUGGACUUGUGGCCUCCAGCAGAUCCGCCUUGUAAAACCACAGCGAAGAACACCUGUGAAAAGUGAAAGCCUGGUGAUCAGUUGCCAAAUCUGAUGGGUGUGGUGAACAAGGUCAUUGUACUCUAUUAAUUAAGUUGUUUACCCUUUAUGUACAGUACGUACUACAUCAUGACGCUGCCUCAUAAAGUCUAAGUGUAACAUGAUGAA